AUGCCGCUCAGUGUCGUCGUUGAUCAAUCGGAUCGCUCUGAAUCCGGCAAUGAGGACUCAUCUAGUGUCCAUGUCCAUGCCCCUACAUCUUCCGAAUUAGAAAUUCAUGAGAACCAAGAUUAUGACGAGUGGGCGCGUUUACCAUAUCCGACUGCAUCAAAACUAUCUGAUUCAGCCUCCCGACUGAGAACUUCGCCCCGCAGUCAUCCACCCCACGGUUCACGCUCCCCUUCGGGCCGUCGCCCAACAUCGGGACGGAUGGCUCAAGAACAUCAGUCGUUCGCCCCUCGACGCCGAAGACAACAAUCACCAGAUUCCGCCGAUAGUGCCGACUCCGCCUACGAGUACCGUCACAUGUUUGGUCGAACUGAUCGGAGGGAUUCCCAACAAUAUAUGCCAUCCAUUUAUGGAUAUGCUCCCAAACAGCGCUCUGGUCCAUCUUACCCUCCUUACCCGCCUCCUCCACCUUUUGAGGAACCAUUCCCUUCACCCUUCAAGGAACCAUUCGACUUUGUACUAUGCCCCGGAGACCAAGCCAAAGAUGUCACCGUUCACCUUGACCUAGAUGCAGCCGUAGACAUCAACCCUGACCUAGAAUGUCUGUCUCGACUUAACAGGCUUGGACAUUUUAAGGAGGCGUCCCGCCUAUUCGAGGAACGACUGAGCAAGGAAGCUUUGGCCAUCUUCACGAUUUUCUCUCCACUCGGCUGA